AAAAGUUAUAAUACUUUUUAUUUUAUACAGGUAUAUUGUUCGAUGUGAAAAAUGAAAUUAUUUAUAUAUCAUGAUUAUAAUUAGUAGAUCAUGUACUUUUGACAAAAUUUUUGGUGUAAAAAUUUCAAGGAACAUUGCCUAAUAUGGCGUUGUGACGCUGUUUCCGUUCAAAGAUGUCAUUCAGAGUGGUGCGAAGCAGUAAGUUCAGACAUGUAUAUGGUUCUGCAUUGAAGCGUGAACAGUGUUAUGACAACAUAAGGGUUUCAAAGUCAUCAUGGGAUUCAACAUUCUGUGCAGUGAAUCCCAAGUUCCUUGCCAUCAUUGUUGAGUCUGCAGGUGGUGGAGCAUUUAUUGUACUACCUUUGAGUAAGGUAGGACGAAUUGCUGCAGACCACCCUCUGGUUGGUGGGCACAAAGGUCCUGUACUGGAUAUAGCUUGGUGCCCACAUAAUGACAAUGUUAUAGCUAGUGGGUCUGAGGACUGUGUUGUGAAAAUUUGGCAGAUUCCUGACAGUGGUAUCAGCAGGACUUUGACAGAACCUGUAGUAGAUCUGGUGUAUCACCAGAGGCGUGUAGGCCUGGUUCUAUGGCAUCCUACAGCACAAAAUGUGCUUCUCACAGCUGGUUCUGACAAUCAGGUGGUAGUGUGGAAUGUUGGAAUAGGGGAAGUUCUAGUACACAUUGACUGCCAUCCAGAUAUUGUGUAUAGUGCUUCAUGGAAUUGGGAUGGUUCUCAGCUUCUCACCACUUGCAAAGAUAAGAAGAUGCGGCUGAUUGAUCCACGCACAGGCACUGUUCAAGAGGAAGCCGUGUGCCAUGAGGGAUCAAAAGCAACGAGAGCAAUCUUCCUUAAAAGUGGUCUCAUCUUUACGACGGGUUUUAGCAAAAUGUCUGAAAGGCAGUAUUCCCUCCGAGCACCAGAACACCUUUCAGAACCUAUUGUUAUGGUGGAGCUGGAUACAAGCAAUGGAGUUAUGUUUCCACUGUAUGAUCCUGACACAAAUCUUGUCUACCUCUGUGGUAAAGGUGAUAGUGUAAUUCGUUAUUUUGAAAUCACAGCAGAACCACCUUUUGUGCACUAUAUCAACACGUUCCAAACACCAGAUCCUCAGAGGGGCAUUGGUAUGAUGCCCAAGAGGGGUUGUGAUGUCAACAGUUGUGAAAUAACACGUUUCUACAGGCUUAACAACUCUGGUCUUUGUCAAGUUAUUACUAUGACAGUGCCAAGGAAGUCAGAACUGUUCCAAGAAGAUUUAUACCCCGACACUGCAGGGGAUCAGCCAGCCAUCUCUGCAGAAGAAUGGAUUGCAGGGAAAGAUGCAGAACCAGUUCUCAUAUCCUUACGUGAAGGUUAUGUCCCAUCCACGCAAAAGUCUGAUCUGAAAGUGAGUCGGCGAUCCAAUGUCCUAGACAAGAUGCCUCCCAAAGGAUCACGGGGUGGUUCAGGGAGCACAGGAAUAUCUGCAGGACCUGCAGCUGUAGCUGCUACAGUACAGUUACCUGAUAAAUUCCUGGAGGAGUUUCAUGAAGAAAUCAGAAAACUUAAAGCUGUGAUUGUGAAACAUGAAUGUCGCAUUAGAGCCCUUGAGGCUCGCUUGAGUGCAGCACCCGCUCCAGGGAAUGAUGGGGGAGAGGAAGGACGAGUGGGAGAUGGCCUUGGAGUAGGCCAACCACCCCGAGGAACGUUGGAGACCCUCAACAAUACCCAUACCUCUCCUCCUAUGGCCCUAUCCCAAGAAUUAGCACCUGACGAAGUUUAAUGUUAACCAUCCUUAAACACUGGUCAGAAAUCAGGUAUCUUGAUUGAAUCUGGCCUGUUAUGUCAAUACCCAGGCAAUAUGUGGGAAGAAGCUUGAUACUUUAAUGUCCAAGAACAUGUAAGUUCUGUGUUCAUUUGUUAUAGGACAUUCAAAUGUCAUUUUAUUGUUCUACCCAAAGUCCUGGUACUUUUACAGCAUGGCUGUGCCAAGAAGGUUAUUUCCUCCACAUAAUUAUACUAUGGAGGAAAUUGUCCUUAUUUCUCAGACUUAACUUGGAGGUGCUAAACAUGCAUCUUUCUUUUGCUCACUUCCGUGUUGCUAAACUCGGAAACUAUUUAGUGCUGCUCACAUGUUACCUAGUAUUCAGAUCAACUAUGACUAAGGGCUUCCUAGUAAGACUGUUAGCAUGUUGUGCUCUUAGAAGAACUAUGGGAUACCUCAUAAUAACUCUUCUUCAUCUGUACAUUUAUAGUGUACAAAACAUAUGAGGUGAUGGCACUGCAUUCAAAUUUUCAUGUAAUAUGAGGAUUUAAUAUGUUGUAAAAAAAGACUACAAAAUUUGUUACGGUUAGUUUUUAACUAUGGCAACUUUUAUAUGUUUGGAUUUUAGAUGUUCUGUAGAAUACCUGCAUUUUGUGGUUCUUAGAAGGUGCCUUAUUUUCAUAACUACUCCAGUCUCUGUACUUUGCUUUUGCCAGUAAUUACUACAGCAGCUGCUGUUGGUUUAGGUUUCAGUAUUUUCAUUAUACAGCAGUUCAGUUUACAAGACACUGCACAGUUAAAUAUAAACACUGUAUAACAUACUAUAUAUAAUCCCAAUGGAGAAAAUGCAGGUGGUUUAACAUGCUGCCAUCACUUCGUAUACAAAAUACAGAUAUAAGGGGCUCUAAAAUUCAUCAUGGUUGAUAUGACCAACUCAGUAGCAGCAUAAAUCAUGGGCUGUAUUAUUUCAUAACGUUUGUUCAGAUUUCAAGUAAGAAUUGUUAUUGUAGUGUUUGAGAGGUCAACCUUCCACAUUGCAGGAAUGGAAAGGGAUAAUAUUACAGCAGGGUCUAACUCCUCCAAUUAAGCACCAGGUUGACUUAAAAAGCAUGGUUUGUGUAUGUCAGUUACUUCCUUUAGCUAUUUGAUUUUGCUAUCCAAAAUUCUUAGACCAGUUCCAAAUUGGACUUCUUCAGAAACAUGUUUAUCUUAUCUUGUGUGAUCAGGGAACACUAUUUCAGUUCUUAUCUGUAUGAAGCAGAAAAAUCAUGCAUGUCAUUCAUUAGGAGAAACCUGAAAAUAGACAUCCAUUUUUCAUGCUUCAAAGGGUCAUAUCAGAAAAUCUUUUCAGUUCAGAUAUUUCAUUACUGUGAAUAACCAAUUGCUAAUGAUAUUUUUAUACACAUGAUGCCUUCAUUGUUACAUUGUAUUAUAACCUGUUAGAAAUAUGCUACUAUAUUGUAUAGAUUCCUUUCAGAGGAAUCAUUGUAUCCAUUAUUAUGGCUGCAUCAGCACUCUUAUCAUGUACAUAUUAAAGUGAUGCUACUAUGUUACUGUUAUUAAGUGAGCCAUUAAAUAAGAGGGACUUAACUGAAUUAAACAAGGUAAGAAUUCAUGUCAAGUCUGUUGUGUCAAAGACACCCAAUGAUUUGGCCCUUUUUGUGGUGUUAUUUAACAAGAUCUCUUUUUAAUACACAAAGCUGACUGAUAGCUUGAUUUUGUGUGCACAUUUUAUACAUGAUGCAAAAUGUUGCUUUCUGAUAUAAUGCAUAGUUUAACAGGGAUAGAAUUUAGUGAAGUUUUGCUAUCAGUUGCAGGCACAACAGAGAACUACUGACGCCACAGCUGUGGCAUUAUAAAAUACUGCAUUGUUAGUUUGUUACCAACUUUAUUGUUGUGUCCAGCAUUAGUUGACAAAGGUACCCUUAAAGUAUUCAGAUUUAAAUUGGAAACAUAAUAGCUGUUUUAUAGAAGAUUUCAGGCUUUCACAACAGUUCAGCACUAAUGUGGGUUCUGCUUCUAUAUGAUGACACUGUAAAAGUAGGCUGUAUUGCUGACAUUUUAGAGAUCCUUACUGUUGGCAGUAUCCAGCGGCCCCUUCCGAAAUAGUGCAGACACAUGGGCAAGCUGAGCCUACUCUAUUUGAUUUGUUGAGUGACAGGCAGUGGAAAGUAGGUCAGGAAAAAAUAGCUUCACAGUGCAGAGUCUCUUCCCUAUCCUGACAAAUUUUAAUCCAGUCCACAAUCCAAAAUCAAGUAUCUUUAAGAUCCAUUUCAAUAUUAUCUUCCCAUAUAGGACUAGGUCUUCCAAGUGGCCUGUUCCCCUCAGUAUCAUGAUCAACAUUUUAUAUGCAUUUCUCAUGUCAGCCAUGCAUACUGCAUGCCAUGCCAAUCUAAUCCCUCUGGAUAAUUCCUCCAUAUUUCAUGGCACCCAGUGAUUCAUUACCUACCACAGGCCCUUAGCCUGGGCCAGAUAAAGCCAGUCUACACAUUUCCACCCUGUUUCUUCAACAUCCAUUUUAAUGUAAACCUCUGAUCUAUGCUUGGGUCUUCAGUAGGUCUCUUCCGUUCAGUCUGUAUUCAUUUAUGGUUUCAAAUGUGUUACAUGCCCUAACUGUCUCAUCCAUCUUUAUCUGAUCAUCCUAAUUAUGUUUCUUGAAAAGUGCAGAUUAUGAAACUCUUCAUUAUAUAGUUUUAUCCAGCCUCUUGUCUCUUCUUUCUUAGGUCCAAGUAUUCUUAAACAUCCUCAUUCUGUGUUCCUUCCCUAACGUAAAAGAUUAUGUUUCACAACUUUACAAAAUACAGGGAGAAUUGAAGUUUUUAUAUAUUUUAAUCCUUACAUUUUUAGAUAGCAGAACAGAAAACAAAGAUACUAAACUGAUGGGCAUCAGGUAUUCCUUAAAUCUACUCAUAAUUUCUUUCUAAAUAAUUUAAUUCCUUAUUGCCAUUCCAAAAUACACCUUUAAUGGCUGGACUCACUCCAAAGGAAGAUGAAAUAACUAAGAUGUCUGGAAUGACGGGAAAGCAGUAAUAGAAAAGAAGGUAAAGGGGGUAGGCUUAGGAGGUUUUAGAUUGCCCUAGAAAGGGGUGGAUCAUUUUUAGACCCCCACUUCCUCUUCCACUUUUGUUUUCUUGUUGGCUGCACUGUUCCAGACAUGCUACCCAUUUAUCUCAUGAUGUCAAAUGGGGCAGUUCACACCAGCCUAUGAGAAACUGAGGAUGACAGUUUCUCUGCUUCUGUGUAGUGCCAUCAGUCAGAAACAAGAUUCAUACAGUAGCUGUACUGUGAAACUGGUUUUCAUAUAGACAUUGUGUUACAAACUUUAGCGCUAAAGCGUAAAUAAUACAGAAUUACUAUAGACUUCUAACAAUGGCUAUGUUACCAUCACACUUUUGUAGGCUAUAUUAUAUAAAAUACCACUGUAUGACGUUGUUUAGGACAAGUUAUUUUAGGUUUGGAAGGUAUAGUCAUCAAGUGAUGGUCUUUGUUACAUUUAGGCGAGGCACCAUCUGCAUGACUGCAAACAGCUAUGUGUGGAAAGCUAGUCGUUUAGUUAAGCAUACUGAUGAAAUUUAAUGUGUUACUCUUCAGGUGCUCAGUGCUGCAUUAUGCUUGUAACUAUUUUGUUAAACUGACUAGUAAAUAGUGAUGUCCCCACUAAUGUUUUAUAACAAAAUGUCCUUGAAUAUCAACCAGUCUUAGGUCUGUGAUGAUUCAUAAUCUUAUUGUGUGGACAAAACAGUUUGCUUAAGCGCACAAGAGAUUGAGUUAUAUGAUAAAUUUGUUUUAAAAUUUCUUGUAUAAAAUGUAAAGAAUAACUCUGACAUAUUUUCUAAGUGUAAUUGUGUAUAAGUUACUAUGCUGCCUAUACCAAAACAAUCUGGUCAACUCUUGUGGAGUCCAUGACAUGCAUUGUCACUCAAUCAAAAAUCUUAAGAGAGACAAUGAGAAAUGUUCACUGCAAGUCUAUACGGAUUUUAUGAAACGUACGUGAUUGUAAUUUAAUUAAUUUAUAUAUAUAUAUAUCUUAGUGUUUCUUUUAAUAUAUGAUUGAAACAAAAACUGUUAUGUUAAAAAUACUAACUUUUUAUAACUAAUUUUUGUCAUUUGUUUAUAUUGAUAUUUUGUUGUGAACAUCAACUGGAAAACCUCGUAGGAAACAGUGAAACACAUAUUGAAAGAAAAGCUCAAUGCAUUUUAUUAUUAAUUGUGCACCCUCAUAAUUAGUCCCUCUUUCAGAGCAUUCUCCAGAACUGUGCAAAAUAUUUCAAGUACAAAAUGUCAAUACUUACAAGUGUAUUUUAAUUAAAGGUGCCUUGAUUUAGGGUGAUAAAAUA